GUUGGCUCCUUCUAAGAGUAUGCCUGCUACCUCGGUAGCCUCUCAGGAUGGCCCCUUCGUCGGGCCACCUCUCCUGCCUCCCGCGCCGGCGCUCCGGGUGAAUGUGAAGGGUGGCUAUGAAAACCUCCUUCAGCUGUUGGGGGUCCCGACCGUUUGCAGUUUUUAAAGUACACCCUCGGAAGGGCUUUUCAGACUGCGUAAAGCUAACGUUUACAAAGUCAGCUGCCGGUCCUGGUGAAUGAAACGUCUUGCUUCCAGGACAGCGCUUUGUGAUGUGCUGAAUAGAUUAAUGCUGGUUGGCUUAUUUUCUCUUUGUUCCUGUGGGUUACUGUUACAUGGUGUGUGGCUAGUGUGUUUAAAGUUUAAUUUUCCCUGUAUCAAAGUGGAAAGGGCUUAAUGUCAAUAUAUAACUCACCAACAUGCUUGAUUUUUUUUAUGCUGUCACAGCUGAACAUACUUAUUAACGGCUUCAUUAUUACGUUGGUGUUAGUUCAUAUGCAAGCUUUGGUUAACGUGAAAUCAUCUGCGUUUUAAGUCCCAUAGAUGAAGUCUCCUCAAAUGCUGUUUAAAAUAUAUGCCUUUUCGAAGGAAAAAACCCGUUGAAUGAAAAUCCUAAUAGAUGGCAAAUCCUGAGAUAGUUAUAAGUAGCUGCAGCUCUCAUGAAGAGGAAAAUCGCUGUAAUUUUAACCAGCAUACAUCUCCAUCUGAGGAGCUUCUAUUAGAAGAUCAGAUGAGGCGAAAACUCAAAUUUUUUUUUAUGAAUCCCUGUGAGAAGUUCUGGGCUCGAGGUAGAAAACCAUGGAAACUUGCCAUACAAAUUCUAAAAAUUGCAAUGGUGACUAUCCAGCUGGUCUUAUUUGGGCUAAGUAACCAGAUGGUGGUAGCUUUCAAGGAGGAGAAUACUGUGGCAUUCAAACACCUUUUCCUAAAAGGAUAUAUAGACCGAAUGGAUGACACAUAUGCAGUAUACACACAAAGUGAUGUAUAUGAUCAGAUAAUCUUCGCAGUGAACCAGUACUUGCAGCUAUACAAUGUCUCAGUUGGGAAUCAUGCUUACGAGAACAAGGGUACCGACCAGUCUGCUAUGGCAAUCUGUCAGCAUUUCUACAAGCGAGGAAACAUCUACCCUGGAAAUGAUACCUUUGACAUCGAUCCAGAAAUUGAAACUGAUUGCUUCUUUGUAGAGCCAGAUGAACCUUUUCACAUUGGGACACCAGCAGAAAAUAAACUGAACUUAACACUGGACUUCCACAGACUCCUCACAGUGGAGCUUCAGUUUAAACUGAAAGCCAUUAACCUGCAGACAGUUCGUCAUCAAGAGCUCCCUGACUGUUAUGACUUUACUCUGACUAUAACAUUCGACAACAAGGCCCAUAGUGGAAGAAUUAAAAUAAGUUUAGAUAAUGACAUUUCCAUAAGAGAAUGUAAAGACUGGCAUGUAUCUGGAUCAAUUCAGAAGAACACUCAUAACAUGAUGAUCUUUGAUGCCUUUGUCAUUCUGACUUGCUUGGUUUCAUUAAUCCUCUGCAUUAGAUCUGUGAUUAGCGGACUUCAGCUUCAGCAGGAGUUUGUCAAUUUUUUCCUCCUCCAUUAUAAGAAGGACGUUUCUGUUUCUGAUCAAAUGGAAUUUGUCAAUGGAUGGUACAUUAUGAUUAUUAUUAGUGACAUAUUAACAAUCAUUGGAUCAAUUCUAAAAAUGGAAAUCCAAGCUAAGAGUCUAACUAGUUAUGAUGUCUGUAGCAUACUUCUUGGGACCUCUACCAUGCUUGUGUGGCUUGGAGUCAUCCGAUACCUCGGUUUCUUUGCAAAGUACAAUCUCCUUAUUUUGACCCUUCAGGCAGCACUGCCCAAUGUCAUCAGGUUCUGCUGCUGUGCAGCUAUGAUUUACUUAGGCUACUGCUUCUGUGGGUGGAUCGUGCUGGGGCCUUACCACAACAAGUUUCGUUCUCUGAACAUGGUCUCUGAGUGCCUUUUCUCUCUGAUAAAUGGAGACGAUAUGUUUGCUACAUUUGCAAAAAUGCAGCAGAAAAGUUACUUGGUCUGGCUAUUUAGUAGAAUUUACCUCUACUCAUUCAUCAGCCUCUUUAUAUAUAUGAUUUUAAGUCUUUUCAUUGCACUGAUCACGGAUACAUAUGAAACAAUUAAGCAUUACCAACAAGAUGGCUUCCCAGAGACUGAACUUCGUACUUUUAUAUCAGAGUGCAAAGAUCUACCCAACUCCGGAAAAUUCAGAUUAGAAGAUGACCCUCCAGUAUCUUUAUUCUGCUGUUGUAAAAAGUAGCUUUCAGGUUCAUGUGUACUUUACAGGAAAAUAUAAUGUGUAGCUGAGAUUAAAGACUAUGGAUAUUCUGAGAUCAGAUAUAGUAUGUACAAAGACUAUUAUUUUGAGCUCAUUGAGAGCUAUAAUUCAAUAAUAACUGUUUAUAUUUUAAAAAGUAAUAUUUAAUGUAUUUGCAGUUUUAUGCUGGGUUUGUUUUUAAAAAUAAUGAGAAAAGCUAUUAGAUUAUUAUUUCUUGUUUCUUUUGCCAUGGCCUCAGAAUGUAUUCUCUGUGCCUCUCUUUUGCUUUGAUACUCUUACUUCCCACUAUGCUGACUAUGUGGACUGUGUAAUCGGUGGAAAACAAUCCCUGGUCUGACUGUAACUUCGGACAACUCAGUAACCCUGGCUUGGAACUCUCAGGAGUCCAUCCUUGAGAGAGUAGGGGUAGUUACCAUGUAUACAGUAAUUGUUAUAUUUUAAAAUCUUCUCUUAAAAGGAAGAAUAAGAAUGUACCAGCUAACAAUGUGAUACAGUCAUGUGUUGCUUAACAAUAGAGAUAUGUUUUGAGAAAUGUGUCGUUAGGUGAUUUUGUCAUUAAACAUCAUAGCAUAUAGUUCCACAGACCUAGAUGGAAUAGCUUACUUACACACCUAGGCUAUAGCCUGUUGGUCCUAGGGUACAAAUCUGUACCAUAUUUUACUGUAUUGAAUACAGUAGACAAUUGUAACACAAUGGUAAGUAUCUAAACAUAGAAAAGGUACAGCAAAAAUAUGGUUUUAUAAUCUUCUGAGACCACCAUUGUAUAUACAGUACAGCAUUGACUAAAACAUCAUUAAUCAGCAUAUAACUGUAUUUGGUUAUGAAAAACAACUGUUAUUUGAUUCUGCUUUUUGUUCUUAAGAGGAUUAGGUUUUUAAAUACUCAUUUACAAGUUUUCUAUCCUCCUUCAGUAUUAAAGUAGAAAAGUAAAAAGAGAUACAGGCAUGAAAAUUAAAUCACAUAGCAAAUGCAUUUUUGAUCCAGAAGUGAUUAUUUACUACUUGAGCAGCCUGUUAAAAUUUGUGAUAUACUCUACCUUUCAUAAGCACAUUAAGUCUCACAGUGAGGUAUUUUGGGGUGAGAGGCGGUGGUUUUAUGGGGCAAGUUUCUAUAGCUCACAUUAAAAUCAGGACUAGGCAGUUUCUCAUGCCUGUAAUCCCUGCACUUUGGAAGGCCAAGGCAGGAGAAUAGCUGGAGCCCAGUUCGAGACCAACCUAGGCAACAUAGUGAGAUCCAUCCCUACAAAAAUAGGAAAAAAAUAGCUGGAUGCGGUGCCACAUGCCUGUAGUCCUAGCUACUUGGGAGGCUAAGGCAGGAGGAUCACUUGAGUCCAGGAAGUCGACUGCAGUGAGCUGUGAUCAUGCCACUGCACUCCAGCCUGAGUGACAGAGCGAGACUCUGUCUCAAAUAUAUACACAUAUUUAUGCACAUGAAAACAAUUAUGCUUAAAAUUUUAAAGUAAGAGAAAUGUGUGCUGUAAAAAGACAUAAAAAUAGCCUCUACUCCUUGUAGACUGCUGAUUGAGAAUUGCAGGGUUUUGCAACACAUGAAUAUUGUGUAUAUUAUUUAUACACAUAGAAAUUAAUUAGAUGAUGUGCAGUAAAGAUUUUCUCAAACUUUUUAAAAAAAAAACCUGAUUUUUAAAUUUGUGAUUUUGUUUUACUGAGAUUUUAUUAUUUAAUCAUAAUAACAGUCAUAAUAAUGACUCCAGAUGUUGAAAUGGGAGGUUUUAUAACAGGUAUAAGCUACUUAUAUAGAACCAGAGGCUUUAAAACAAUAAAAAAAAAUCUAAAUAAGUGACUAUUUCGGGGGCAGUUCUAAUAUUUGUAAUGCCAUCAUUUUUAGAAGUUACUAUAAUUGUAUGUACAUUUUGAAAUCAUGUUUAUUAUCUGAUAAAUCCUUUUCUUUACACCUUGUGAGAUUUUUAGACUAACAACACUUUAAUGGAAACAUGAAACCACUGACCCAGCAUUGGGCCUGGAGUUUGCUUUGCUCUGAAAUCAUUGUUUCUUUUGUGGAAUCACAGCCAAUGACUUGGUGCCUUCACAUCUCUCUCCUGAUUCCCAGGCUCUCUUAUUGUAGCAGGAGUCCCUGAUAAAUCCCAAGGCUUAACUUUUGGUAAUGAUGUCCAUGAGACAUCUACUGUCUACUGAAAGAAAUAGCACUGACUGACUUUUUUGAACUGUCCUCAAACCAGUACAAUGGCUUGAUCUGGGUAGGCAGAUAAUUAUGGGCCAGUCAUUUUAGAGUUCUCCUUACAUGUAUAUAUGUAUCACAGAGAAUGCCAAGGUAGUUGUAAGAAAGAACAGAGAAUGGAAGUCAUUUUUUCUUCCAGGCUUCUAGUCUCCUUAGCCCAGGAAAUCAGGGCUAGAUAUUUGUUGAUGAUCCCUCUUUUUCUGGAAGUCAGAUUUCCUGUCCUCUCCUCCUGCCAUAAUGAUUUUCAGGGUUGUAAGCCAAGGGGAUUUUUUUUGCUUCUUUUUCUUUCUUUUUUUCUUUUUUUUGUGAUAGCCUUGCUCUGUUGCCCAGGAUAAAGGCUGGAGUUUGGUGGAGUGAUCUUAUUUCACUGCAACCUUCACUUCCCAGGUUCAAGUGAUUCUUGUGCCUCAGGCUCCUGAGUAGCUGGAACUACAAGCGCACACCACCAUGCCUAGCUAAUCUUUUUGUAUUUUUAGUAGAGACAGAGUUUCGCUAGAUUGGCCAGGCUGGUCUUGAACUCCUGUCCUCAAGUGAUCUGCCUGCAUCAGCCUCCCAAAGUGCUGGGAUUACAGGUGUGAGCCACUGUGCCUGGCCCACUGGGGGAUCUUGUUAAAGUCAUGAAUGUACAGUUAAUACCAGCAGAGAUUCUCUCUCUCUCUCUUUAGACUACUUUAUCAAAGCCUAACCAUAUAUUCUUAUUCAUCAUGUCCUAGUAGGAGGCCAGGAAUCUGCUAUUUUUAGCCAGCACACAAAGUGAUUCUGAUACAAGUGGUUUGUGGUGGCUGUGGGGCUCAGAGCUGAAUCAGGAAGAUAAAUCCCUUUGUUGGGGCUACAAAUAAAUAGUUGUUUAUAAGUCUCAGGAUUCAGAAUGACCUUCUGUCACUCGAGAGAAACUACAAUAGUCAAGAGAGAAACCCCAAGAAAAUGGGUUUAUAGAUAUCAACUUGGAUAUUUUAGUAUUUGUAUCUGUAAAAAUCACUUUUGUUCAGACAUUGAUUUUGCUGAUGCUACAUUUUUUAAACAAUUCAGAUCCCAUUUUCUCUUUUCACUUAAUAAAGUUUUAAAUUAUUUAA